AUGGAAAUGGAAACUUAUGGCGCCAUUUCCGUUCUCCCUUUUGAACUCCAGGUUGAAAUACUGUCACGGCUCCCUGUGAAGACCCUCAUGCGAUUCAAGUGCGUUUCCAAACCAUGGAAAUCAGUCAUAGCAGACGACAAACCGUUCACCAAACUGCACCUCGCCAGGUCGUCCCAAAACGCGCACCUCCUCCUCACCUUAGAAUGCAUCACCGACGGCGAAGAGGUCACCCACAUCGCUAUAACCCCCGUUCAUCGUUUGCUCGAGGAUCCGUCGCCACGGAUAUUCGACGGCCAAGAGACUCUUAAAGACCGUUUGAAUAACCAUUACUCGGUCGCUGGUUCAUACAACGGCAUAGUCUGUUUGCGUGGCUAUUUAUUGACUGCCUCAUCAGUUCAAGUAUUCUGGUUUCUGCUCUGGAACCCCGUCACACGCUUGAGGUCUGAGUACUCACCAGUCUUUAAGGAGAGCAGGCUGCAAGGUAAGACCAACUAUGGCUUCGGCUAUGAUGAUUCACGUGCCACUUUUAAGGUGGUGGUGGCUAUUUGGACAGACCUGAAAAUGGAGAGGGAGGUAUGGGUUUCUUGCAUGGGUGAUACUUGUUGGAGAAAGAUUUUGAUCCACCCUGCUUUCCCAACUCUUCUAAGCCAAAUUGAUGGACAGUUUGUAGGUGGUUGUGUUAACUGGUUAGCACUUGACAACUUGAAUGGUCCAUUCUAUGACUGGAACAGUGUUACUCUCAACCAGUUGGUGAUUGUUUCCUUUGACAUGCGUCAGGAGGAGGCAUAUACGUAUUUGUCACUGCCGCAGGGUCUUCGUGAGGUGCCUUGUGUUGAGCCACAACUUGGGAUUUUAAGGAAUCACUUGUGCCUUUUUCACUACCAUAAAACAACCCAUUUUGUUGUGUGGCAAAUGACAAAGUAUGGAGUUCCAGAGUCUUGGACUCAAUUGGUGUGCUUCAGUUAUGCGCAUCCUCGAAGUGAUUACAAUCUGUUGCCGUUGUGCUUGUCUGAAGAUGGUAACAUCCUGUUGCUCGCAAACAAUCAUGCUUUGAAGGUCAUGGUGCAUAAUCUAAGAGAUAAUAGUGUGGAAUAUAUUGAUCAACUUACCAACAACAAAGUUUGGUUGAAUGCUCAUGGUUAUGUAGAAAGUUUGGUUUCACCGUUUUAG